CCGGAGCGGUAGGCAUUAGCAAAGUAAAGAACCUUCGAGAAUGAGGACUACGCUGGCAUUGACCCUGCUGCUCGGCUGCCUGACAGCGAACUUCGUGAGGGCGACUGAUGUGAAUACCUCUGAGAUUGCAAGGAAAUGCGUGACCGAUUUGGGAGUUACUGAGCAGGAUUUAUGGGACCUGAGGUCAGGCAAGGUGAAGCCUGCAGACGUGAAGGACAAUGUGAAGUGUACCGCCAAGUGCGUGAUGGUGGCAAGCGGAUAUAUGGACGAGAGUGGAAGCCUUCUGACAGACAAGAUCAAGAAACAAUACGCCAACCAUCCCCAUAGACAUGCGAUUUACAAGGCCCUGGAGGUCUGUGGAGUCGUAAAAGGAGCCAAUGCCUGCGACACCGCAUUCAAGAUCGUCUCCUGCGUCCAGACCAAUGGCCGCUCAUUCCAAUAAGACAGUAUCCCGACUGUUGGAUGUGAUACCCGCCCUUACCCCGAAGAAUCGAUACAAAGAAAUUGCGGGUUUUCCCUUUAAAGGAGCAAAGGCGCAGGAACGAAAUGUCAUCAGAAAUCAGAUCGAGCCUUAGUCCUUAAGUUAAUUGUACUUUUACUCUGCCAGCCUACCGCUAUAGCAUAUAACAAGUAAACCUCCCAUCUUAAAUAUAA